CGCCUCAACUAGUGCUUAUUUAGUUUUCUAAAUUUAGUGUUAGACAUGUCGACCGACAGCUUAAUCUCUUUACCACCAAAACUAAGUCUGAUUCCCCGCCCUUCGGUAAAAAGGUGGUCAAAUGUGAACGGUUACGUUACGAUGGAUCGGAAUUCGUGUAAUGCCAACAAUACAAUUCCAAACUUAAUAUUCCGCUCGUGCCAAAGUUCUACUUUAGUGAAACUUUCGGAAAAUUCAUUUCCUGUUGUUCCAGAACAUCCUAUUAACGUCCGAAUAAAACUAAGUUCUCCCGAACAAAUACUUCCAACGUUCACGCAUGAAACGGGUCAGUUUCCACGAGGAUAUCCCCCGUCGUCAAAUGCGAUGCUGUUCGAUGACGAUCCCGGCAUAAUGUCCGAAGUUGAAACAAGCUCUACUGGAUUCCGCAGGGGUGGUAAACAACGUAGCUCCCUGCCAGUGGUACGAACGCCUAGUAAAACAUUAGAACGACCAUUAGGACUAGUUUUUUUACAAUACCGUAACGAAACGAAACGUGCAUUACUGCCAAACGAAAUUACUUCCAUAGAUACCGUAAAAGCGUUAUUCGUUAGGUCGUUUCCGAAACAAUUAAGUAUGGAGUACCUCGACUCGCCCCUCGUUAAAAUCUACAUACACGACUCUUCUAAGGAUAUGUUCUACGAGUUGGAGGACGUCAGGUCUCACUUGCGGGAAAUUCGAGACCGUUCUGUUCUUCGGUUGUUCGAGUCAACGGAUGUUUCAGGAGGUCUUCCGAUGGGUGGUGUGGGAAUACCAGGCGGCGUGGGACAUUUUGAAGAUCCCAGUUACUUUUCGGAACCUGAGUUUGACUCUGAGUACCAACACCAGCACAUACAUAAGAGCAAGGUAAGUGCUUUACUUUUAUUUUAAACGU